AUAGAAGAAAGAUAUUCUUACACAAACUUUUGUACGAGGUAUGGGCAUAAAUCACAGGUAAGCUAGAGGCUAUGCUGCUUGAAGCAAAAGGCUCCUGGGCAUAAGCAGAAAAGGCUUACUCAAGCCUUUUAGAGGAUAAUCCCCUUGAUCAAGUAAUCCUCAAGAGGAAAGUAGCCAUGGCAAAGGCACAAGGCGAUAUUUCAGGGGCAAUUGAUUGUCUAAAUAAAUACCUUGAAACAUUUAUGGCUGAUCAUGAUGCCUGGAGAGACCUGGCUGAAAUCUACGUUUCUCUUCAAAUGUACAAGCAAGCUGCAUUCUGCUAUGAAGAGCUAAUAUUAUCACAACCUACUGUUCCUUUACAUCACUUAGCCUAUGCUGACGUACUUUACACACUUGGCGGACUAGAAAAUCUACAGGCAGCAAAGAAAUACUAUGCAUCCACUAUUGACUUGACUGGAGGCAAAAGUACUAGAGCGCUUUUUGGUGUUUGCUUGUGUUCUUCUGCCAUUGGGCAGCUGGCAAAGGGUCGGAACAAGGAAGACAAAGAGAGUGAGCUACAAUCUCUGGCAGCAGCAGCCUUGGAAAAGGACUACAAACAAAGAGCACCUGCAACACUUUCCUUGAUUACGACUGCCUUAAAAAACUUAAAAGUUUCAUCAUAACUCUAAUUUGAUCGAAACCCUGUUUUAGUAUUUCUCUGCUCCAAAGUUGUGCUUGGCAACUUGAUGCUAAAGGCCUAGAAUUUACACAAGGAUUUUGUUAUUUAUUUUUGCAUUUUGCCCCCAAAUCAGUUUUAAGGGUGUGAUUUAUUCUCUAUUUAACAUGACAAUAACAGUCUAGGAUUGUACAACUCGUUUGGGAUAUCUUGUCAAUUCUCCAUCCUGUGUGCUCUAGAGCUCAUUUGUUGAUCUUAUAUUUCUUGGAAAAAAAAUUAAGAGUAGCUUAACAUAUUUUAUCACUCA